AUGACUACCCUGCUACUCACUGAGCAAGUAACACGAGAAGACCGCGGCUCGGAGGGGAACUAUGUCCUUUAUGGAUCCUCUUGCGCCCAGAUCACCGAGGAAGCUGAAUACGUGAAAAAGCUUCCUCAAGUCUCGGGCAAUAGAGUGGAGUCACGGAACAGCGGCUGGAGCUGCAGUCCCGUUGCGAGGACGAUGAAGGAGACAGAAGAGCAGCUGCUGCUGGUGAGCAGAGAAAACCAAGUGCUGAAGAUCAAGCUGGAAGCCACGAGAGAAGCAGGUGUUCAGGCUCUCAGAUCUGCCUCCCAGAAACUGUAUAAGAAUUACCAGACUCGGUCAGAAGAACUGAAAAAAAGUCAUGAGAAUGAGAAGAAGGAAAUCCAGGCCUACCGUCUCCAACAAGAAGAGAAGCUCCAGCAAAGCUCAGAACACGCCAGCCGCCUUGCUGAAGGCAUCGGGGAAAAAUGUACCCGCAUCGCAGAGAUGGAGAAGCGCCUGCAAAGGAUGGAGGAGAAAAACGCCACUGUAAGUAUCCGAAAUCCUGGGCAGGCAAAUGACUGCUGUAGCAAUCGGACAGCUGCAUGCACAGAAACUCGCAGAAAAAUUGUUCUCCUUUAUCGUGAAUUUUCUUCGGUGGUGUUAGUUGCAUUGGAAGAAGCAAUGGCACCGUGCAUCGUUUUUCUGAUGUGCCUGGAUCUCCAGAAGCAGAUUUCCACCCUGCAGGAGCAGAUCUGCCACCUGCAGCGCGUGAUCCAGGCGCAGCACCACAGCCUGCGCAGCGUGAUACAGGAGGCAGAGGAACUGAACAAUGAACUCAGAAGCCAAGAUAAAAAAAUAGAAAACCUGACAGAGAAGCUGACUGCACUGGAAGCGCAGAAUAAAGAACUGAAAGACAGAGUGGAGUUCUGGUCUGGCCAGCCCAAGACUAAAGUUUCAAAAGCAGUCUGGACAGACGCCCCGCGAGAUUUUGGAGCUUUUGGAGCUUCCCGUUACCUGAUGCUUGCCAGGCUAAGGAAGCAAGAGAGCUAA